AUGCUAUUCGCCUCAUUUGCUUUAUUCGGUGUCGCAUUAUUAUUCCACAUCCUCUACUGGAAUCUCACAAUCAUCUAUCUUGAUGCCGCAGGUCGGCCCUACGCAACUACUACUAUAAAGCGAACAUACAGGCAUGUCCCCCCCCCCCCCCCCCCCCCCCCCCCCCCCCCCCCCACACCGACCAACAAUCCUCCGAUGCAGUAUCAACAACCGAUGAAAUAUUCCGCUGCGCAACAUCGCCAUCCCCAGCCACAGCCACAGGCGCAGGCGCAGGCGCAAGCUCUGAGGAAACAGUCCGAUGGAUAUGCAAGGGCAGAACAGGGGACGGAUGCGCCGCAGCCUUCGGAACUUGCAUUACAGCAGCCAUCACAUAUCGCUACUGUCGAGUUGGCGGCCCAACAGCGGGUGGAAAUGGCUGGCAGUUCUGUACCUGUCGCCCACUAUAGCCAAGAAUUCAACACGAAGGUAACAGCCACGGACAGGCUUGACAAAAGGUGA